AUGCAAAUCUUCGUCAAGACUCUCACCGGCAAGACCAUAACCUUGGAGGUCGAGUCCCAGGACACCAUUGACAAUGUCAAGACCAAGAUCCAAGAUAAGGAGGGUAUCCCACCUGACCAGCAACGUCUGAUCUUCGCUGGAAAGCAGCUCGAGGAUGGCCGUACCCUUUCUGACUACAACAUCCAAAAGGAGUCUACUCUCCACUUGGUGUUGCGUCUCCGUGGUGGUAUCAUUGAGCCAUCUUUGAAGGUCCUUGCUUCAAAGUACAACUGCGAGAAGCAAAUCUGCAGAAAGUGUUACGCUCGUCUCCCACCACGUGCUACCAACUGCCGUAAGCGUGGAUGUGGUCACUCCUCACAACUCCGCCCAAAGAAGAAGCUCAAGUAA